ACUAAGCUCCUGUCAGCCGCCAUCAAGCGAGCCGGGCUGCCGCUAGGGGCAAGCCCGAAGCUAUAGCGUUUGCAGCUGCCGUUGCGGGCUAUAAAGGAAUGAGCCCCCUGCGCAAGUCAACGCCUCCUGAAACCUCUCCGACUCCUGCUCCAUUCCUUAUCUGCGCUGGUUCCUGCCAAGCACCAUGCUGACCGGAGCCCUGUUGAUCGCCGCUCUGGCCGCCCGCGCGACCGCGCUGGACAACACCACCAGUCACAUUGUGGCCAAAUUGGCCUCGUAUGGUGUUGACGCCUACGAGUAUUUCAACUCGAGUGUGCUGUCGGACUCCUCGCUGCACUCGCGGUCAUUGGGAUUCUGCUCGGAGCUGUGUUCCGCGCUUCCCCGGCUCUAUCCCGGACACGUGCUGCAACGCUCCACCUCCGCUUACUCGACCUGGGACGCCAGUUUCUGGUCGCAGCAGCAGGAGGAGGUCGAUCCCGCUUGCGUUUUCCAACCGGCCACUGCCGUCGAGGUCGCCGUUGGCCUGCUGCUGACAGAGCUGACGCUGUGUCCGUUUGCUGUCAAGAGUGGUGGUCAUGCUGCCUUUGCCGGUGCCUCCAACAUUCAGGAUGGCCUGACAAUCGAUCUGGUCUCGCUGAACUCCACGGUCUUAUCCAAAGACUCCACCAUUGCCUCGGUUGGCCCGGGCAACCGCUGGGUGGAUGUCUAUGACUGGCUUGAACCGAAGAACUUGUCGGUCAUUGGUGGCCGCGUGUCCGACAUUGGCGUGGGUGGCCUAACUUUGGGAGGCGGCAUUUCCUUCUUCUCUGGUAUCCAUGGUUGGGCCUGUGACAAUGUGGCCGACUACGAGGUUGUUUUGGCUGAUGGCAGCAUCGUUAAUGUCAAUCUGGACACCCUCCCCGAUCUUUACUGGGCCUUGCGUGGCGGAGGCAACAACUUUGGUAUUGUCACCCGCUUCGACCUGACAACGCACACCCAAGGCCUCAUGUGGGGAGGCUCACGCGUCUGGUUGGAGAACUACCAGGCCGACAUCUUGCAGUCGCUGGUUAACUUUGGCAAUGAUUCGCCCUCGGACCCCAACGCGGCGCUGAUCGUGUCGGUGGCCUACGCAGAAGGUCUGUACCUGUUCGUCGCAGACCUGGAGUACGCCAAGCCGGUGGCCAAUCCGCCAAUCUUCGACGGCUUCAACAGCACCGGGGCUCUGGAAGACACCAUGGCCAUCCGCAGUCUUUCUAACAUCACUCUCCUGUUCAAGGAAGACAAUCCUAACGGUCUGCGCGAGAGCUACUGGACCGGCACCGUCCAGCUCGACUACGACCUGGCAACCAACAUCACCAACAUGUUCAAGCAGGAAAUCGUUCCCAUUCAGAACGUGACUGGCCUCGUGCCCGCUCUCGUCUGGCAGGUGAUCAGCACCAACACCAUGGAGCACAUGACCAAGAACGGGGGCAACGCGCUCGGACUCGAUGCGACGGACGGACCCUUGCUUCUGAUCAACCUCGCCUUCAUGUGGGAUGAUGAGUCUGAUGAUGCAGCAGUGAUGGCCGUCCUGGGCUCGAUCACGGCAAAGGCCCUCUCGGCAGCCAAGGCUCGGGGAUUGGACAAUGACUAUCUGUACAUGAACUACGCCAGUCAGUACCAGUCUGUCGUGCCGUCUUAUGGAAAGACCAACCAGGCGCGCUUGCAGUCCAUCUCGCGCAAGUAUGAUCCUUUGCAGGUGUUUGAGAAUUUGCAGCCGGGAUACUUUAAGCUUGAUGGGGGGUUGGCUCUGUAAUGCUGUGUCUUUCUUUGGCGGUGAAUUAACAUCACGGUUUACUAUGUACAAUAGAGAAAAGCAGGCGCUCAGUGCGGUUUCUGUGGAGGCUUGAGGCUUAAUUCUCGGUAUAAUAUGUCGUAUUUUAUUCAGCAUAUACUAGAAGUAGAGUAGAGAAUAAUAUAAUGCAAUUCAG